GGCCGACGGCCGCUAUGCGGCCUCUGCGAUUGGCUCAAUCAAAAAUGCCGCCAUUACAGAAUUCGACAAUACGGCGCAACCUGACUACGCCCCUUGUGCUCAAGGUUGUAUCGACGGGAUGUCGCAUAGACCGGUGGACGCGUCGCUCCGCAGUGGAGCCGAGUGUCACCGUUCCACGCGUGACGUAGAAAGUGCCCCGGAAGUGAUCGAUCCACAGUAUACACUACGGCGCCCCUGCGGUGAUCUGACGAGAAAAGCGGCACGCACGCGCAUUCAAGCGGGCACAUAAGACACGGUGGCAAAGGGAGACAAGCACGCGUUCGCCGCGAGCCACUGUGAAGAAGCAUCGAGCGAUGGGACUGAGGAGAUAGGCCAUGGAUAGGCGACGGGACGGUGGGAGAUUUAUGCUGUACGGGUUAAGAAAAGAGAGAGAGAGAGAAUGCAGGAGAGCUCGAGUGACGCUCGCUCGCGCCGUGGCGGCAGCGGCGGCGGCUGCCAGCGCAGGAAAUGCGCGUCGAAUGAUUGAGAGCCGAACGAGGCGGGCGCUGCUUGGAAUAAGAGAACUGCGGGAAAAAAAGAAAAAAAGGAAAGGGUGAGCGAGCGAGUUCUGGCGGCCAAAUCGCUGCCAGGCAUGCAAGGCGACCGUCGAUGAUUCCUGCAAGGAAGAAAGAUAAAAAAAAAAAAAGCCAAGGAAAGCGAUAGAGCAGGCGCGAGAGUGGCCAGUUCUUCGCUCCUCGACGGGACCGUGCGGCGCGCGAAGGAGAGCUCCCGCUGACCGAAAUAGACCGCGGGGGUAUCCCACCAGGAGCUGCAGAGGAGGUGUGCAGGAAACUCUGUGCCAGCGAGAGCCGGGGCAGGCUUUCAGCAAAACAAGGCCCAGAGACGCAACAACGAAAAGGCCCGCUCGGCAAGGGGGCGCCACCGUCGGGCAUGCUUUCGGGCGGCCAGCUGGGAGGGUCGCCGCCAUCGCGGCCGUCGGCGAGCUGCCCGGGCUCCGGGGUACCGGCGCCGGGAGCAGGCCGGGAGCCCACCGGAGUCCCGCCGGGCCCGGCUCUGGACCCGGAGCGCUUCAACGAGCACGCCAUGGCACUGUUCAGGGCGGCGUUGGACUCCAGCCCACCCGGGGCCAACGUGCUCUGCUCGCCCCUGGGCAUCAUCACCGCGAUGGCAGCCGCCGACGCGCCCAGCCCAGCAAAGCGUGAGGCGAGCCGUCCCUGCAUGGGCGACUUGAAUGGCGUGGCUGCGUUCGUGCGGGGCCUGCUGCGAUGCGACGCCGUGCGGAUGGGCAACCUGCUGCACGUGGACGCCAAGACGCGGCUCGACGACGACUACCGGAACCUCUUCGAGGGAUACCUCGAGGGAAAGGUACGGCGGACCGAAGCGGCCUCCGAGGAGGCAGCCGCGGACAUCGGCGACUCGACAAACCACUGGGCCUCCGAGCUCACCGACGGUGCCGUGACGAGAGUCUUCGAACGGCCGGGAGCCGAAGCCGCCCCGACGGUCCGGGAGCCCGCGGAGCACACGGCGAGUGCGGAGAUGACGGCGCUGCCACUGGAACCGCAGGCCGCGUGCCUGGUGAACCUGGUGUACCUGAACAGCCCCUGGGAGGAGGGCUUCAAGCGCGCCGGCGACCAGCCCUUCUACGCGGAGCCCGACCGGGCCCAGAUGGUGCCCAUGAUGACGCAGCGCGGCGCCGAGAUGCCCUACGCGCGGCGGCCAUCUUUCUCGUGCCUGAGGCUGCCCUACGCCUGCCGCUCGGCGCACCUGGCGCUCUUCGUGCCGGCCAUAAGGGCGGGCGGACUCGAACAGGACCUGCUGCCGGCCAUCGGACGCUGGGCCGACAUGCGCGCCGUGCUCGAAGGGCUCGCCUGGACCACCGACAUCACCGUCACGCUGCCCAAGGUGCUGCUCGAGUCGCCCACCAUGGACCUGCGCAAGUGCUUCAAGACGCUGGACCUUAGCCGGUACUCGACGCCUCCGACAGGUGGCGCCACCUCGCCAAACGCCGCGGCAGACCAUGGCUGUCCGGGCGUCGCCCAGUGGACGUCCAACGCCGCCGAAUCUGACGUCGCGGCGGCGUCGCCGAAAGAGGGCGUCGGCGGCGCGAACGUGGACGACCUCCAGGUGGAGGGCCUGUACCACAAGGCGACGCUGGACCUGACCACGAGGGGCGGCAAGUCGCCGCCGGGGUUCUCCACGCUCCUCUCGCUCUGCUCCACCAUUCCGGCCAACGAACCGGUGCGGUUCGUCGUCGACCGUCCCUUCGUGUUCGCCGUGUUCAUGGACGACUUCCUGCUCAUGGUCGGCCUCGUCAGGAACGUCCAGUCCAAGUGAAACAGACGACGAUGACCUCAAGGAGACGCUCGAGAAAGUACUUCGCGUGACACCGCGGUGUUUUGGGUUUCCGUCGCAUCGAUGCUGGUUGGUCGUUGGGGCAAGGGCGAAAGAGCUGAGUACGGCACUCUUGCUGUCCCCGCGGUGUAUAGAGACAACGUUUUGGCCGAAAUUAUCAUUAAAUGAUUCUUAAACGGCGUG